CUUGGUUUGAAUGAUUUCAAUAAUCUAUUUUUCAAUCGAUCAUGAAAACCCUGUCAUAAAUUCUUAUGAUAUGGACUUAUGUUUCUUUGUCGUUUAGGGGUUUACGAUAGCGGGUGCCAUUGCGGCACAGUCAACGUUCAACGUUCUCUCUGACGGGGUUUUUUUUUAUUAAGAGAGGAAGACGGAAAGUCUAGUUCGUUGCAUGUUUAUGAAAAAGAGAAUGUUGUGAAUGGCUGUGCCAGUACAAUGCCUUGACACGGAACAAAAUGUCACCGUGUUUCGGAGAGUUGUUGCCCUUAUAGCUAGAUAAACUUCGCCUCGUUCAAGGGAAAAGUUAUCCAAUGAUGGAUCAAGAGAACUACGUGUGGAUAACAAGUGGACGAUUGCGUAAUCCACACGGAUCACGUGACUUGUCUGAAGCUUCUAGGAGCCACAACGUCAGACAGAGCGUCUCACAUCGGCACAGGCGCAUCAACCGGAAUUUGAGAACCAUCAGCUCUGACGACCUGUUUCAGAACCACCGUCCGCCCGCCUACAUUGACCACUACGGUAAUGUCAUCCCGGGUAGGGAGGUAACUUCAAACAGCGACUCCGAUGGAAAAGAAAGCCGCUUGCUGCCAGUGGAUUCUUUUUCAAAACUUCCACUCAGGAGCCAGACUUCAUUGCAGACACAAAGCGAGCCUGGACUUGACAGGAACAAGCACCGAGCCGUCGCGUUUUCUUCUGGGAGGCCAGCGACAUCCAGUGAUCACUGUUCAGAUUACAGCAUGCCAGACAUAACAAACAACAACCAAAAAACAAGUCAAAUAGUGCUGAGAAACUACACUCCGUUGUCACAGCGAGUAGAAUCAGCAUUUUUGUCCUCAGGCUCUAGACCUAAGACAUCCAUCUCAAGAGCCCGAAGUCGAGGGAGUGUUCGCCAAGAGGAGAUGUUGCCUGGAGUACACGAAACUGAAAGCAAGAAUGAAGAUGUUGAUAUGUCCACACCAAUAACCUUAGAUUUGCCUACAACCAGAAAGACAAUUAUUCGUCCAAUUACUGCAGUCUACAACACUGUCAAAGCCAAAAGGUUUUUGGAGGAAAGACUUAAGACAAUAUAUCGUCAGAGACGUGCAACGUCUGCCGUCAGCAGGAUUCAAAACUGGCGGUAUUCUACUGGACGCCAACCGAGUUCGUCUGCAACCGAUCGUUUCCAAAACUCAUGUGAAGGACUGACCCCCAGACGUCUUUUGGCCAAGUUUCGACAAGUUGGCAGGCUGGCUAUCUACUUCCGGCGUAUCAUGCAGGACAUCACGAGCAACACGUGCAGCACUACCCAGCGGUCAGCCACCGAGCUGCAGUGGAUGGCUGUUUACUCGGAGAACCACGACGAGAGUCUGGCCUUCAAUAAACAUCUCUAUUCAAGGGACAGGGUCAGUACUCAUGUACCGGACUGGGCGUUAAGCAUAUUUAACUUACCGCCGGAAGAACGCACUGAGCAGCACUGCAGACGUCUGCACGCUCUGCUCAGAGGAUUGAGAAGCUUCGACAAGUUCACGGAAGAAAUGCAGAUGUCGUUAUGCAGGGCGUUCACACUGGAGAGGGUUGAAGAAGGAAGAGUGGUUCUCAAAAGUGGGCAUGUAGGCAUCAACUUUUACUUCAUUUACUCUGGUUCCGUGUUUGUCAACUCAGAAGACGUCACUGUGGAUGGUAAUAGGUUUAUGAGAACUGUUGCCUUACUGUGCAGAGGCGAUUCCUUUGGGGAGUUGGCUCUGCUACAAGACAUCCGAAGGACAGCGACCAUCUCUGUCAGAGAAAAGUGCGAGCUGUUAGUAGUUGACAAAGAUGUCUUCGCCAGCGUGUGUCCGAAAAUUUUCGAGAAGGAACUACAGGAAAAACAAAAUUUCAUUAGCACUCUGGAUCUGUUCUCGUCCAGUUUCUGGAGUCCAGAAGCUCUACACUCACUUUGUAUGAAUGCUCAAAUACAAGAGUACAAAAUUAAUAAAGUUAUUGUUGCUAACAGUUGUAUUGAAGACUGGAUCUACGCAUGUAUGGAGGGUAAGUGUCGUAUCAUAAGAUGUGUGUCCUUAGAUGCUCCUCCAAAUGAAGGCUCAGACAAAAGAAAACAGUCGGAUGUUGUGUUGUCGGAGGAAAUUCUACAGCUUCUGGCAGCUGCUACAGACCAGCACGGAAGCCAUGCUGCAGAUGAAGGCGAUAUGAAAGAGAAUUUGCUAACAUCUUUAGGACUGGAUUACGUUCAGACUAGUAAGAAGCUGUACCUAGACAACACUGAUGCCAGGGAAAGGAAGCGGGCCGUCCUUGGUCUUAAUGAGACCACCACACUUACGUCGCUCAUUAAGAAAGAAAUGGAAUCGAAGAAGGAGGUUGUCUUUCUUGACGUUGGAGUUAUCGAGUCAGGAGAGAUUUUUGAUCUUCCAUGCUUGUUGGAGAAUCCAGAAUCUGAGUCCGCAAGUACGUUAAUGCUAGUCAGCAGUGGAGCAAAGAUACUACGCAUUAAGAAAGCAGCUUUCUUUGACCAAGCUACUCCAGCCGCAUUGGACAAUACUCGAACACUAGCCAGUAAACAAAGGAGCCCAUCUCAGCAGAAUAUUUUGACCUCUUACAAGAUUCAACUUAAAUGGGAUUCGUUCAAAUCACGUUUGGUACAGUCCAUUGUGAAAAGACCAGACUAUUGUCAACCUAUACAGAACAGAAAACAUUCCUCUAAAAUAAAAGACAAUCGAAAACAAAAGGUCACCAAUGAUUUGGACGGUGACAAACACCCCCUUUCUUCUGCAGACAAAACAGACACAGUUACUGAGACUUUUACUUCAGACAACCAAGGGGAAGAGUCGAAUGACAAAUUGAGUAGAAGUCAGACAGAUUUGAUAGGAAGAAGAAGAAAGAGUAAUUAUUACGAAGAACUUGAGUCCGUGACAAAGAAAGACACUGAAAUUAUUAGACGUAAGCCUUCUAAUGCAAGAACUGAACUUAAAAUAUCACAUUUUCCAAACCAUAGCAUACAGUCUAAAGAUUCGACCAGGGAUGUGGGGCUGGAGUCGGAAUUUGAGAUAAGAAGUCGAUAUCACCUGAAGUCUAAACGAGAAGUCGGAGUCGGUAAAAAAGGUGCAACUGCCUUUAUCAAAGGGAGGUAAAACAAAACAAAAGUAGCCAAUUAAAAUACUCAAGUCCGCAUUCUAAGAUUGUCCUCAACGAGCGUCAAAAAUAUUUUUUAACAAGUGUUUGUACAGCAAUAACAGCUUUCAAGGUCCAGAGUUUUGUUAAUAAAGCAGUAGAUCUAUAGGAGGCUGUUGAAUCAGGACUCUUGUCAACUCGACAUUUUGACGCAGCGGUCGUUUUGGCGCCUGACAUUUUGGCGCUAUAUGUUGUUGAUACUUUAUAUCUAUUCAUUUCGUUACGUCUUUAAAAAAAACUAAUGACACAUAUCUAAGUGUCUUUGUAUCGAGACGUAUUUUGAUCUGAAGAAGAAUAGUUAUUUUUGUCUAUUAUACUUUGGAUUCAAGUUUGUAAUUUCUGUCAUGUCCCUUAAAAUCAUAAUUGCGUGUGGGUUUCAUUAGUGUACAAAACCAAAGUGAAAUGCUAGAAAAAAUCCAUACAAUUUGUUCUUUCUAUAACUAAAUAUUACACGGACAAGAUCACAAAUGAGGAGCUAUGGCAAAGAACUAAGCAGCAGACUAUUGAAGUAGAUAUCCUUCAGAGUCACAGGCCAUGGAAAGGAUAAACUCUUCGCAAGCCUGCAUCCAACAUCACAAAUCCUCACCGUGUGAUUGUCAAAAGGGCUGAGCUGAAGGCUCUUCGAGCUCUAGGCAUGUAAGCCUGCCUGAACAACCGUUCUGUCUGGAAGAGAUCCAAGUCAAUGGCUAUGUAAAGCAUUUCUGAUAUAUCUGGCACUCCGGGCGCAUGGACUAGAAUGCAUGGCCUAAGGCCGAGUACACCAGGAACCUCCGCCAUUUUCCUAUGUUGUACCAAGCUAACUGUGCAUGUCUUGCCAUUAGUGUAACGGUCCCCUGAGGAACGGUGCAUGGAUUAUCGACAGGGACGUGGGAACUCUCUUUGAACUCCUCUCCGUGCAAUGGGAAAGCUCUCGCAUUCCCUUGGACACUCCCACAGGAGUUUGUUUAGCAAUUCAUUUAGCCUAAUCACUUCCUCAAAUGAUCGUUUCCACCAGAGUGCCACGUUGAGGCAGAAUAGCAUACCCGGGCAAGUCCUCAACUGCAACCUCACUAGACAAGCCAGAGGGGACGGCUCAGAAAUACAUGACGCCGAGAUUUGGAAUAUGCCAAGCAGAUUGGCAAGAUGUGGGGAACCGAGACGCCUGGAAGAAGCUUGUUGGCGGCAUACGCCUUUGAUGGAACCACGGGCAGAGAGGAAAUGAAAGAUGAAAAAUCAUGAAAUACUACAGUUCACCUACAAUUUCAGGGGGGGGGGGCAGUGAAUUAUGCUAGUAGUGUGAACAAUCAUAGUCAUGAAAUAGUCUAAACCUUUAUAAUUAUUAUAACUUGGGGGGGGGGGGGGGAGUGAAAAAAUAAAUGUUAAUUAUAAAAACUUUGAGGAGCUUUUAAUUAUCGUCAGCACUUCUUGCAUCAUAAGGGCUCGCACCAAAACGUGACGUCCCGAGAAGCUGUAGCAUAAAUUAAUCGGUUUAGCUGAGUGUUCCUCCUUUUCAUUGGAAUAAUUGGUUCAAAAUAAGAUAGUCAUAUAUCAACCUGUAGAAGUUACUAGCAUUAGAAUAAUAUUUCUAAACAAAAAUUAGUUCUAGUUCAAUUAAAAUUUCUCACCAAA